GAAAAAAAGGCUUUCUCUUUUUCUCCUUCUCGUCUUCUCUCCUUAUCGUUUAGCUAUGUUAUUGUUUUCUUCUCAUUAUUUUUUUUUCUAAAAUUGUAAUAAAUAAGUAAAGUGUAAAUUUUAGAUCUGAUUUGGCAACAAUGUAGCUGUAAACAACAAUAAACCUGUGAGUGAGAUCAAAGCCUUUAGGAUGAACGACAUGAACCUCAGUCCGGUUGGCAUGGACCAGCUCAGCGUGCCCUCCGUCAGUGCCAGUCACCUGGGCCUUACUACCUCGCCCACUCACAGCCACAACCCCAUUACCACUCCAGGGAUGCCGGUCGCCAUCCCCAGCCUCGGGCCGUCUCUCGGGCCCCUCCCCUCAGCGCUGUCCCUGAUGUUACCCAUGGGGCCGUUGGCAGACCGAGGAGUCAUGUGUGGCCUUCCGGAGAGGAACUACACCCUGCCUCCUCCACCGUACCCUCACCUGGAGAGCAGCUAUUUCAGACACAUCCUCCCAGGUAUUUUGUCGUAUUUGGCCGACCGCCCCCCGCCGCAGUACAUCCACCCCAGCAGCCUUAACAUGGACGCCACCCUGUCCGUGCCCAGCAGCAACCCUUCAUCCCUCGACCCCUACAGCGGUGCCGGCGGACAUUUAGAACAAGGCCUGGUGUCCAUAGACUCCCGGCAGGCCGAUCUCCACCAGGGCGGCGCUCACGAGGUGCAGCUGGACGCCACCGGGCUGGCGAUGGAGUCCCGCGUGAACAGCCCCAUGUCUCCCGACGGGAUGGGAGAGGAGCUGGCCACCAUGGACGGAGUGGUCGUGACCGCAGACGCGCAGCAGCCCCUCGGAGGCAGGAAUCAGCCCCACGAGAGCCUGGAGGGAGGCGUCAUGACCCUGCACGGCCCCGGGCUCGAGCUGCCCGUGGUGAUGGAGCAGGAACACAUGAGCGGACGUGUAGGGAGCGGCUCAGGAACCGGAGCUCCGGGUUCUCUGGGUGAAGCUCUACACUCUAACGGGGAGCUCGGCUCGGGCGUGGUCAGCGUGGUGCUCACCGGCGCCAUGGCGGCGCAGACGCAGCUGGAACCCGUCUCGCUGCACAGCUCAGGGAUGGGACUGGAGCCCGUCAACGUGUCCCCGAUCACCGCCGAGGUGUCUCUCGGCCCGGAUAACAGUCUGGUCCUGGUGAACUCCACACUGCAGCUGGAGAACGGCACUGCGAGCAAGGAGACCAUGAACGCUGCCUUCACUAUUUGGUGCACGUUAUGCGAGCGCUCGUACGGCUCCGACUGUCCCGAACACGGACCCGUCACCUUCAUCCCGGACACGCCCAUUCAGAGCAGAGCCCGCCUCUCUCUGCCCCGCCCAGUCUGCCUGCGUGUGUCUGUAGCCGACGAGCCCAACGGUGUGUUUGCCCGGGACACGAUUCCCAGCAGGACCUGCUUCGGCCCGAUGGUUGGACAGCACUGCAGCAGCGUAGAGCUCUCCGACUGGACUGAUAAAGACACGCCCCAACUCUGGAAGAUGUUCCACAACGGCAUCUUGGAGUUCUGUAUCGUGACGACUGAUGAACACGAAUGCAACUGGAUGAUGUUCGUCAGGAAAGCGAGGACAACGGAGGAGCAGAAUCUUGUGGCGUAUAUAGAUAACGGGAAGCUGUUCUUCUGUACGUCCAGAGAGAUUCUCCCGGAGCAGGAGCUGUUGUUUUAUUACAGCAGGGAAUACAGCAGACAGCUGGGCGUCCCGCACGUUCCAGAGGGUCAGAUCUGUCACUGCGGAAAAGAAUGCACCUCUUUCUCAGAGUUUAAAUCUCACCUCGGCAGCCACGCCCACAGCCACAGCCCCUCCCAGGAAGACCCCAGUCACGGCGUCCACAGUCAGCCACACCCCCAGGAGAAGCUGGCCAGCGAGGCCCCCAGUGGCACCUCGUCUCCGGCGUGGCAGUGCCAGGCUCAGGCUGACGGUCAGUCCGGCGGCGGCGGAAACGCUCAACGUCACGGCAGAGAGAGGAAGUUUAAGUGCAGCAUGUGCUCGCGGGCGUUCACAACCUCCACUAAACUCAACGUGCACUUCAUGGGCCACAUGGGUGUGAGGCCGCACAAGUGCAGCUACUGCAGCAAAGCCUUCAGCGACCCGAGCAACCUCAGGAUGCAUCUGAGAAUCCAUACAGGUCAGAAGAACUUCAGGUGCAGCGUGUGUGGGAAGUCCUUUACCCAGAAAGCUCAUGUUGAGUCCCACAUGGUCAUCCAUACAGGAUCCAAGAACAUUAAGUGUGACCACUGUGACAAGACGUUCAACAGGAAGCAGGACCUGAAGCAGCACAUGUAUUCACACUCUCUCGAUCGCCAGAUCACGUGCCCGAAGUGCGACAAGCAGUUCCUCAAAACCGAUCACCUUAAGAAGCACCUGAACUCCCACGACGGGAAAAGGGACUUCAUCUGUGAAAAAUGCAACAAGGGCUUCCUCACCAAAUACCACCUGACACGCCACCUAAAAAUCUGCAAGGGCCCCAAGGCAGCCAGAGGGGCCGCCCACGACGAGGAGGGCGAUGAUGAAGACGGGGACGAGGAAGAGGAACCGGACGAAGAGCAGGAAAGAGAUUUACGAGCGGCGGACGAGAGGAAAGAGUGUGACGCUGGCAUGGCCGGGUUUUCCUCAGACAAGACUCUGUAACCUCUCACUGUGAUUUCACAUUCGAUCUAUCCUGCUUGAACUGCACUAUUUAUUUAGCAUCAUGUUUAUAUUCGGUUUACAUUCUGUUUUUGUUACAUUCAACAACGAUUUGUUUCCUCCCGUAUGUGGAACAAUUCAUGCAGAUGAAAGUUGCUCAGAUUAAACGAUGCAGAAACAAACAACACGCUGUAUUGUAUGUGAAACACUGCCAUGGUAAUGUUUAUCAGUUUAAUGAAGUCUGUUUUGACUUUAAAGUUAUUAUUUAUUUGUAUAAUUUUUGUGAAAGCUAUGAUACAAUAGGAAAUGAGGUCGUUUAUAAAUAA